CUCUUUUUCAUCGGCAAAGGGGUCUGCUUCCUCCAAAUCUUCGACGGCAGGGUUUUCUUCUUCAAACCCUGAUUAGAAAAUCUUAAAGAAAUUAAACCAAGAGGAGGUUGAUGAUCUUCGGUCGAAGAACCUCUGUUUUUAUUGCCAUAAGCUUUCAGGGGUCAUAGAUGUUCGCCGACUCAACAGAUGCAGAUUCAGCUUAUGGAGUUUCAAACUGACCCGGUAGAAGAAAUUGCAGAUACUGGGCAAUCAGGAAAAUUGCGAUCAGGAAUUGCGGAAACCAUAUGCUGAGUUUGCUGGUUCUACUUGUUUUUUUUUCCCCCGUUCUUUCCAGUUCGAAGGGUUCAGAUUGUCGACCCUUGAAGUCAAGGGUUUUGGGGGAGCAUUGAUAUGAAAAGAGUAAAUAAAGAAAUAAGGAAUAUUGGUUGGUUUGUUGAGGUUAGUUAGUUAGUUGAAGCAGAGAAUAAAGGAUUUGGGAACCUAUGUAAGGGACCCUAAUUGUAAUCUGAGGCUACGCUUGCGAUUGAAUCUGAAAAGGAUUUGCGAUUGAACCUAUCCUCUCUUCUAUCUCGUCUCUGUCUCAUCUUUAUCCCUAUUUCUACUCUGUUCUACUCUGUUUCUUCUCUCUUCUGUAUCUUCUUCCAUAUCAAGCUUCCAUACCACCAUGCUGCAAGGGCGUUGGUUGUCAUUGAUGGAAUCAAACACUUUAGUUGAAGAAAAUGGAACUUCAGAGCCUAAAAAUAGUGUAGAAGAGCCCACGAACAGUGUAGAAGAGGCUUCUGAGCUUUCUUCACCACCACAAAAUGAUAUAGAUGAUGGGAAAGAAGUUUCAAAGAAGAAAAAGAAGAAAAAUAAAAGCAAGAAAAAGAAAGAACUGCUUGAGCAGACUGAUCCACCAUCAAUUCCUGUUCUUGACCUUUUCCCAUCUGGAGAUUUCCCUGAAGGAGAAAUUCAGCAGUACAAAGAUGAUAACCUCUGGAGAACUUCAUCUGAGGAGAAGAGAGAGUUGGAGCGCCUUCAGAAGCCGAUAUAUAAUUCAGUUCGUCGGGCGGCGGAAGUUCAUCGUCAGGUUCGCAAAUAUAUGAGAAGCAUUUUGAAGCCUGGAAUGUUGAUGACUGACUUAUGUGAAACAUUGGAGAACACCGUUCGUAAGCUAAUCUCGGAGGAUGGUCUGCAAGCAGGCAUUGCAUUCCCCACAGGAUGCUCUUUGAAUUGGGUUGCUGCUCACUGGACCCCAAACACAGGAGAUAAGACUGUGCUUCAAUAUGAUGAUGUAAUGAAGUUGGAUUUUGGAACUCAUGUAGAUGGAUACAUAGUCGACUGUGCAUUUACAGUGGCAUUUAACCCUAUGUUUGAUCCACUGCUUGAAGCCUCUCGUGAAGCAACCAAUACGGGCAUUAAGGAAGCAGGAAUUGAUGUGCGUCUUUGUGACGUUGGUGCUGCAAUCCAAGAGGUCAUGGAGUCAUAUGAAGUUGAGAUUAAUGGGAAGGUGUAUCAAGUGAAGAGCAUACGAAAUUUGAAUGGACACAGCAUAGGCCGCUACCAAAUCCAUGCUGGUAAAUCUGUUCCAAUUGUGAAAGGAGGAGAGCAGACAAAAAUGGAGGAGGGUGAAUUUUACGCCAUUGAAACGUUUGGAUCAACUGGGAAAGGAUAUGUAAGAGAAGAUUUGGAGUGCAGUCACUACAUGAAAAAUUUCGAUGUUGGUCAUGUCCCGCUGAGAUUGCCUAGAGCAAAGCAGCUGUUAGCUACUAUUAACAAGAACUUCUCUACUUUGGCCUUUUGUAGACGGUAUUUGGAUCGCCUGGGGGAGGCUAAGUACUUAAUGGCAUUGAAAAACCUGUGUGAUUCUAAUAUUGUUCAGCCUUAUCCUCCUCUUUGCGAUGUGAAAGGAAGCUAUGUAUCACAAUUUGAGCAUACUAUCUUGCUCCGACCAACAUGCAAAGAAGUUAUUUCGAGGGGUAAUGAUUGUUAAUGUAGGUUCCAAAUAACUAGUCACAUGUUUACGCUAAUGAGUAUACCAGUACCCUUAUUGGUUUGCAUGAGUAAUAUUAUUCAUUUUAGUAUUUUAAACCAUUAUGAUAUUAACAAAUACGGAUAUUUUCAGUUCGCGUGGGAACACGGGAUAAUUGAUGUUAUGAGGAAUGUUUUUCUAAUUGAGGUUUUGGGCUGUUUGGACCUUU